AAUCCGGCGUAGGGAAUGAGUCAAACCAACGCCUGGCCAAAGCCGCCGCUCAUACAGCCUCGACCGCCUAGAAAACCAGCAAUUUCGGCGUGCCCAGGGAUGGCCAACCUCCGUACUUAAACGUAUCUUAGCCCAGACAAACCUCACAACACGCCCCAAAACAGCCAGCACAUCCGAAUCCGCCAACAAUGCCCGCAACCAUCCACCUCGUCCGCCAUGCCCAGGGUUACCACAACUUGCCCCGAGAAAAGGGGGGUCCGGAUCCGCACAUGCUGUCGGACCCCGAGCUGACGGAGCUCGGCAAGCAGCAGUGCGCCGACCUCUGCGCGAGCUUCCCGCACCACGACAAGAUCACCCACCUGGUGGCGUCGCCGAUCCGCCGCACCGUCUACACGGCGCUGCUGUCCUUCAGGCCCGCCGUCGACGCGGGCAAGGCCGUCAAGGCGCUGCCCGAGGUCCAGGAGGUCAGCUCGCUGCCGUGCGACACGGGCAGCGCGCCCGAUGUGCUGGCGCGCGAGUUCGACAGCAAGCUCGACCUGGCCCUGGUCAAGGACGGCUGGAACGACAAGAGCCCCAGUUCGCCGUUCGCGCCCCAGCUCUCCAAGCUGAAGGCCCGCUCCAGGGCUGCAAGGGUCUGGCUACGGGACCUGGCCGCCCGGUUCGGCGGGGACCCUCACAUCGUUGUCGUCACCCACGGCGGCAUUCUUCACUUCCUGAACCAGGACUGGGACGGCAUGACGAAAGAAGCCGGAACCGGGUGGAAAAACACCGAAUGGCGCUCUUACGAAUUCGUCGACGCCUCUGGGGAGGACCCCGACGCCAAGCUCCGGGAGACGAGCGCAAGCUGGGAGCGGCGCCGUGGCAGCGCGGCGCCGCUGAGCGAGACGGAGCUGGAGGAGCUCGCGGCAGCUCACAUGGACGAGAUGCAGGAAGAGCUGGACAGAGUCGAGGUUCUCAGGCAGGCCCGCGAGGCCGAGAGCAAGAAGCACUCGGGCUAGGCAGUGCCCUGCCUAAAGCCAAGCAGGGACUGCGUUGAUGACAUGGAGGCCCAGCGGUCCACAUGCCGUUUGUUUCCGUGCCAAGAGACUCAUCAAUGCCCGGGCGUGUUCCCAGCUGCGGCGCCAGCGCGAGGUUGAGCGCUUGCAAGGGAAAAUCCUGGACUGCUGUGGAGACCAUGACGGAAGCCGCUGAUGGGGGAUGCAACGCCGGCUUGGCUGUUGGGGGAGCAAUCGUAGAGCACACACGCGAUAGAAGGGCACACCUUGGAUAGAGCCAUAAACCAGACGGAGGCCGGAUAGAUGGUAUGCAUCGACCAGAAAAUAGACACGGAAUGCCUUGAUCUCGUCUGACCACGGCGGGAAAUCCCGUCCAUGACAGGCUCAGAG